GGUGUUCCCGCUGACGAGGCUCGGCUGACGCGUGUGUCGAGCGGCCGUAUAAACCGAUUUUCCGCGAGGGACGUACUAUGGACGCGCCGCGGUCGAUUUAACGCCCAUAUUCCGCGGAGAAUAUGCCAUGUCGGUCUCGGAUCCUCUCAUCAAAGAGCUGAAAGGAUGGACUCGAAAGCUGAUAGAACACGCCAAGGAAAUCACCGAUAAAAAUGAGGAUCUCUGUCACUUUUGUAAGUGCUUAGAAGAUUGCUUGCAAAAGGAUUUACUGCCCGGUCUCGAUAGUGUUGGAUAUUUUAAGGUACCUUGUGCAUGGCACUGGUUAGAAUAUGUCGCCUCCAAGAAUUACAGUGGUUACAAUACAUUCCAUCUGGCAGUUGAGCAAGUGAAGCAAAAUGCAAAGGUGCGUACGUCCACCGGGCGACUUCGUCUCCUGAUAAGAGUAUGUCUAGUGCGAAGAUGCCUUCACAUGCCGGUAGAAAUAUUGAACAGAAUACCAGCUCUAGCCACCGAGUUUUACAACUUGAAAAGCAUUCUGGGAGAUGACAUUCUACGGGAGAUAUUACUGUCCGUGCUACUGCAGUGCGGCAAGUUUAAUUUUAAACUGAAUUUAAGAAAUGCAGCUUUCUUGGACGACACCUGGCUGAUGCCGAGAUGCGUGGCCUUGGAGCUGGUACCUUGCAAAAGUUUAGGCAUCUCUGUGUGUUUCACUAACGACAAGGCAUUAAUUGUCAAUGUCCACGAGAAAUCGGUGGCUGCUGAAGAUAAUAAAGUCGAGAUUGGGGAUGUACUGGACGAGAUAAACGAGAAUGUCAUCAAUGGCGAUAGCAAGGGGAAGCUGCGUAAAAUCAUGAGGAAGGCUAGUGGACAACCGGUAAUGCUACAUAUCAUUAAGCAUUAUACCAAAAAAUCCCGCGAGCUUUACGAGCCAAUAGUGCAUCUUAUAAAAAAUUCGGGUGUCGAAAGCCUGAUGCCCUUGAUACAGAUAUCACGACUAGACCAAGUGGAGGAAGCCACUAAAAAAAGUCAGAUCUCCAAUAAAUUAGGAAGUAAGACAUUAGGCAGCGGAUUCUCCGUGAAGUAUUGCGGCUCUGUGCACGUCGGUGCAGAGGGAGAUGUUAAGCAAAUUGAGAAAGCCAUAUGGCGUUUACUGAAGUCGGGAGAAAUGAAACAAGUGCCUGUACGAUUCGAAUGUUUAGAAAUUGGAAUUGCAGUAACUCGGGAAGUAGACAAUCAGACAAUAUGUAAACAAAGUUAUAUGGAAAUCUCGUCCUGUGGACGCACCAUCAAUAUCCCAGAUUAUUUCGCAUUCAUUGCAGGAGAAACAAAUUGUAACGUGGCAACAAAAUUUGAAGCUUUUAUCUUUUAUCAUCAAAAUGAAAUCGAGGUCCAACAAAUAUUACAGAGUCUGGGACAAGGAUUUCAACGUACUCAUUUUGCAGUAUAAUAUAGAUACAUAUUUAGAUUUAAUGAACUAUAUAGUAAAGGACAAUAUUAAUUAUUACCUUUAUAUAUGUUCCUUAUAUUAUUUAUCAAUACUUUUCCUCAAACUUGUGAAACCAAAGAAUUGUCUGUAUUAUUAACCAAUUUAUUGUAGUACAACUAUUAUAAUUUUGUUAAAAUAUUUUAUAUUCUUUCAUGCCACAUAUUUAUUUAGUUAUCAAUUUUAUAUGUACGCAAAAUUAUUAAUAUAUUAAUUAAAUUACUGUUAAUAAGGAUUUCAUUCCCUUAAAUUAAUAGCAAGAGAUUCAGAUCAGAUAUUGCGAAUGUAUAAGUUUUAAAAUAAAGAUGUUAUUUCAAAAAUA